AGCUGCGGGGCCGGAACGGGGCAGUGCGGGACAGGAGCGGUACCGGAGAGGUACCGGGACCGCGGCGAUGAAUUUCGCGGUGGGGCUGAAGCCGCUGCUGGCGGAAGCGCGCAGCAUGGAGAGCCUGGAGAAGCAGCUCAUCUGUCCCAUCUGCCUGGAGAUGUUCACCAAGCCCGUGGUCAUCCUGCCCUGCCAGCACAACCUCUGCCGCAAGUGCGCCAACGACGUCUUCCAGGCCUCCAACCCGCUGUGGCAGUCGCGGGGUUCCGGCGCGGGGCCGUCCGGGGGACGGUUCCGGUGCCCGUCGUGCCGCCACGAGGUGGUGCUGGACCGGCACGGGGUGUACGGGCUGCAGCGGAACCUGCUGGUGGAGAACAUCAUCGACAUCUACAAGCAGGAGUCCGCGCGCCCCCUGCACGCGAAGGCGGAGCAACAUCUGAUGUGCGAGGAGCACGAGGACGAGCGCAUCAACAUCUACUGCCUGCGCUGCGAGGCGCCCACCUGCUCGCUCUGCAAGGUGUUCGGCGCUCACAAGGACUGCGAGGUCGCCCCUCUGCCCGCCGUGUACCAGCGCCAGAAGAGCGAGCUGAGCGACGGCAUCGCCAUGCUGGUGGCGGGGAACGACCGCAUCCAGGCCAUCAUCACGCAGAUGGAGGAGAUCUGCCGCACCAUCGAGGAGAACGGCCGCCGGCAGAAGCAACACGUGGGGCUGCGCUUCGACUCGCUCUGCAGCAUCUUGGAGGAGCGCAAGAAGGAGCUGCUGCAGAGCGUCACCCGUGAGCAGGAGGCGAAGGUGCAACGCGUGCGCGGCCUCAUCCGGCAGUACGGGGACCACCUGGAGGCCUCCUCCAAGCUGGUGGAGACGGCCAUCCAGGCCAUGGAGGAGCCCCAGAUGGCCGUGUACCUGCAGCACUCCAAGGAGCUCCUGAAGAAGAUCACAGACAUGUCCAAGGUGUCGAUGAGCAGCCGCCCUGAGCCCGGUUAUGAGAGCAUGGACCACUUCUCCAUCAAUGUGGACCAUGUGGCCGAGAUGCUGCGCACCAUUGACUUCCAGCCAGAAGUGCUGGGUGAGGAUGAUGGGGACGGACCCACAGACAGCAGUGAGGGUGUGGGGGAUGAGGAAAACCUGGAGGCACCUGAGGCUGCUGAGGAUGUGGGACAAAGGCAGAAGCCACUGAGCUCUCCCCAUGGUCAGCACUGAGCUGGAUUCACAGCACAACGUUGGCAUCAACAAACCCUACAGCCCUACGACUGCUACGAGCCCCACAUGGUGGAGCUGCCGUCAGCCCUCAUUAAACCAAUGCAGAGGA